AUGCGACGCAGCGCGAUGACGCUCCAGAACAACAUGGCGAAGAAUCAACGUGGGGAAGCUGCUCCGUCUUCGAGGAUGACGGGUAGGGAGAGACAGAUGGGGGGGUUUAGUUUGUUGCUCGAGUCCAGUGACGAUGAAGGGCCCGAAGAAGUGACCUUUGAAGACUCCAAGGCUGAUGCUCGGCGGAGCAUGAAACGGGCGCUGGACACAGCCAGAAGAGAAAAAGAGCUGCUGAAGGAGAAGAGAAGGAAGAGACAGGAGCUGUUCCAGGAGCAGAAGAAAAGAAAACUUCUAUCGGCUGAAGUCUUGGAGGAAAUAGACUCAACGAAGCAGGAACAGUCCCACGUUAAAGCAGCUGAAGAAGAGGCGGAGCCAGAAGAGGUCGAGGGGAGGAAAAGGAAUUGGAAACAGAACGCGGCCAGAAACCUGAAGGGAAACUACACGGUGACGACGGUGAAGCAAAGCACGCUGGCGUCCUCCCAGCUGAAGGCGGCCGAGGAUUUCCUCCAUUCCCGAAUGUACGGACCGGGAAGCCGAAGGACCACGAGUAACGAGAUGCUCUCACUGGAGAACAAGAUGGGGAAGAACAAGAGCGCCGCCGUGCAGUUUGUCAAGAAGAACUGGGCCUGUCAGAAGAAAGCCAAAGCAGAGAAGCUGAAGAAGACGUGGAUCCACAUGCAGCAGAUUCCCUCCAGCUGAGCACACGGACUUCGAGGAGAAAACUGGUCUCAGACUUUGAGGACGAACCCUUCGGUUCAUCGCGAGACACGGGGACAGCAGGAGUGUCCCUCGGUGUCACCGAUUAAAACAAAUAAAACCACUUCUGAUCCACGGGGGGAAGAUGCAGCUGUUAAGUUUUAAACGGUGGGAUUAUUUUUACUUUUCCUGUAACCUUUAAUAAAAGAUGGAUGAUUUAGAAUCUCGUUAUUUGAUUCAUAAAUCCAAACUAUUCUAACAUGCUGAACAUUUUCUGUUCUUUACCAUCAUGAGUCAAUUAAAUGUUUUAUCUGAAGCAUUUUGA